AUGGUGGGCCCGGAAGAUAGCCAUACAAGCAUUAGCUUGAGUGUCCAAGCAGCUCAACAUGGUCUGGGUACUGCAGGGUCUGAAAUUCUUUUUGCUUUUUCAGAAGAUUUGCACAGAGAAGGAGGACUCCUCAGGCCUUUGCCAUAUUCUUGGAGUGAUCUAUACAACCUUGGUGCAAGGAAGAUGGUUAUUUCUGAACUUGGUCCACUAGGUUGUUUCCCGUACGUAAUAAACGGCCUUAAACCAAGAAGCAGAUCAUGCGUCGACGAUGCAAACAAGUUGGCUUUCAUUUUCAACGACAAGCUGAAGGUUAAGAUUAAAGAAUUGGGUGACAUGCUGAAAGGAUCAACUUUGAUAACCAGAAUCUUUGAUCUCAUUAAGAGCAUGAUUGAAAAUCCUAUCGCUUACGGGCUAAAAGAAACGAGAUGGCCAUGUUGUGCAACUCAAGAAAACGGGCUAUGCAAAGUCGAUAAAACAGGGCUGUUGCCCCCCAGGAAUCCUUUUUGUCCAGAAAACGCUCCUACUCCGCCCGAAUUUAUCCAGCCAAAGAGCUCGAGCGGAAAGACCACAGAAGGUUUGUGUGAGGACCGGACAUCUUAUCUCUUCUGGGACGAGCUCCACCUGACCAAAGCUGCUAACAAAAUCAUAGUUGAUAAAUGUGUUCAUCCUACUUCAGGGGGCAUUUGUUCUCCGUACGAUAUCAAUCAACUGGCCAACAUAUGA